GCGCUUUUUCGCCCCCAAGCUGCAUUACAAAGCCUGAAUAAUUCCCUGAAAAACCGGGAAAUGAAUCAGACGUGACUGGCGCGUCUCUGUAAAAUCAACACAACAAGAUGUCUUCGAAGCUAAUCACCUUAUACGACAUUCCAACCAAGCUUCCUGACGCGCCGGGAUCUCCAAAUACGUGGCGAACGAGGUACUCCCUAAAUAUGAAAAAACUCCCCUACCAAACCGUCUAUGUGGAACUCCCCGAUAUUGAACCUCUCGCCAAACAGAUCGGUGCUGCUCCUACCGGCACUAAACACGAUGGAGUCACACCCUUGUACACAGUCCCCAUCAUCCAUGACCACGCCACAGGCGCCGUCAUAUCAGAAUCUGCCGCUAUCGCAGCGUACCUAGACAAAACGUACCCCUCUGGACCUACACUUGUCCCUGCCGGCACGAUGCCACUUCAGCUCGCGUUCCGCGACGCGGUGGACGACGUCUUUGGUGGUUUUCAUGGGUUCAUGAUCGAGUGCAUGCUGCCAAAUAUGCACGACAGGACAGUCGUGCAUUGGAAACCCAGGAUGCGAGAGCAGGGAGUGAACUUUGAUGCGCUGUUUGAUGGGGACAAGGAAAAGUUGUGGGAGAAAGCCCUGGCGGGUCUUGCGAAGUUUGACAAGUGGUUUGAAGGGAAUGAAGGACCGUUUGUUAUGGGGGGCGAGCCAUGUCUUGCGGAUGCUUCUCUUGGCGCGUUUUUGAGGUGUAGUCGGUAUGCUUAUGGGGAGGACAGCAAGCAAUGGAAGGAUGUUGCUAGUUGGAAUGGAGGGAAGUGGGCGAAGUACCUGGAGAACCUCGCGCCAUAUGAAGCGAUUCUCUAAUAAGCACUUGUUGCACACCUUGAGGCCGUUUGUCUGUUCUCGCAUUUCAAUACACAAGAUUUGAAUUUUGUGACAUUCGUUCGUAUCCCUUGGCAUAUACACAGAGACAGCAUUGAGAAUUUUGAAAGCUGAGAAUUCAUCUUCACAUUACCGCAUUAUAUUUUCUAGUACAGUUGACGGAAGCUAACUCAGUACCCCGGUAACAUCCUUCCACUCAUCUAAAACUUUCACCAUUUUUUCGCACUUGCUCUUUAUCGCCACAUCACCACCAGGCCCAAAGACAAGAUAUGUGGGC